AGUUGGGUGUUUACCUCCUCCAGAUGGCCCAUCCUACGACAAUUACUAUGGAAUUAUGCUAGGUUAGCAUAAAAGGAAGCAUGAAAGGGAUACACAAGAGUGCAGACGCUGAACACAGUGGGCAAGGUAGCGUCAGUGGAUGGAAAUGGACAGAUGACGUUCUUUAAAAGAAGCAUAUUAGCUGAGCAAAUAGGCAGUCCUCUGGAAAUUAUAUGGACCAGAGAGAUACUGCCUUAUAUUACGGUGACUCCACAGACAAUCAAGUCACCAGCCACCUAUUCGGAGAGCGGGAUAGUUUUGGAAGCUCCGAUAUGCCGGCAACGGAAAAUCUCACUGACAACUAUUUUGUGGCGCGUUCCGUUUAUUCUGAAAACAGUUUCCUCGAGGAAAAUGAAAGAAAAGUGAAGGUGCCUAAAACUUUACGCGACCGGCUGGCAAAGAGAUGCAGUUGCACAACUAAAAAGGCACUGGGUAUUACUAAAUCUCUGCUUCCUGUACUGGAUUGGUUGCCCAAAUACAAACUGAAGCAAUGGCUGCCUGGAGACAUUAUCUCUGGUCUGAGCACUGGUCUGAUUGCAACAUUACAAGGUCUGGCUUUUGCUCUAUUGGCUGAAGUUCCUGUUGGCUUUGGUCUGUACUCUGCUUUUUUCCCCAUUUUACCUUAUUUCUUCUUGGGAACAUCAAAGCAUUUAGCAGUGGGUCCUUUUCCAAUUACCAGCUUGAUGAUAGGGUCUUUGAUUCUAUCAUUGGCACCAGAUGAAAAAUUCCUGAUUUCAAGCAACAUGACAGAAUUCAGCAAUGAAACAGUCGUGGAUUUUGCUGCCAGGGAUGCCCAAAGAGUAGUCAUUGCAUCUUCAGUCACCGUCCUUGCUGGCAUUAUACAGCUUGCACUUGGGGCUGCCCAAGCUGGUUUUAUUGUUCGCUACCUCUCCGUUCCGCUAGUGGGAGGAUUUACAACAGCAGCGGCCUUUCAUGUCUUUGUCUCCCAACUGAAAUUAGUGUUAAGUGUGCCAACACAGAGUUACAUAGGUAUCCUUUCUGUCAUAUAUACCCUUAUUGACAUAUUUCGUAACAUCCGGCAAACCAAUAUUGCAGACUUCGUUGCUGGUUUGCUCACCUUUGUUAUUUGUGUAGUUGUGAAGGAAAUUAACGUUCGUUUCAAAGAUAAAAUUAAAGUCCCUAUUCCGAUUGAAAUAAUUGUGACUAUUGUAGCUACAGGAGUCUCAUAUGGUGCUAAUUUGAAAGAAAAAUAUAAUGCGGGUAUUAUCAACAGCAUUCCAACAGGAUUUCUACCACCAAAGCCUCCAGAUGUGAGCCUGUUUAGUCAAAUGGGAGCAUCAGCAUUUUCUAUUGCUAUAGUGGGAUAUGCUGUUGCUGUUUCUGUAGCUAAAGUGUUCGGCACCAAGCACAAUUAUGCAAUUGAUGGAAACCAGGAAUUUAUAGCUCUGGGAAUUUCCAACAUUUUUGCUGGCUGCUUCUCAAGCUUUUUGGCGGGUACCGCUCUGUCACGCACAGCCAUACAGGAAAGUACAGGUGGAAAAACUCAGGUUGCUGGGCUUUUAACUGCAGUAAUUGUAAUGAUUGCCAUCCUGAUAGUUGGAAAGCUACUUGAACCGCUGCAGAAGGCUGUUCUGGCAGCAAUUGUCAUUGCCAAUUUGAAGGGAAUGUUCUGGCAAUUCUUUGAUGUUCCAGUGUUGUGGAGACAAAACAGAGUUGAUUGUCUGAUAUGGAUUGUGACAUGGAUUGCAUCUAUCCUUCUGGGAUUAGAUCUGGGGCUUUUAGCUGGUGUGUGCUUUGAACUUCUUACGGUUGUCCUUAGAGCCCAGUUCCCAGUGUCCACUGCUCUAGGAAAUGUACCAAACACCGACAUCUAUAAGAACAUGAAGAGAUACAAAAACCUUAUUGAACCAAGUGGCGUGAAAAUCUUCAGAUUUUCUUCUCCCUUAUUUUUUGGAAGUGUUGAUUAUUUUAAAGAGAGACUCAAUAGCGUUGUUGGAUUUAAUCCAGUUCGAGUGUUUAAUAAGCGAACAAAAGCAUUGAAGAAGAUUCAAUCACUUAUAAAGAAGGGCCAAUUAAGAGCAACAAGGGAAGGGAUUGUAACUGAUGGAAGUGUUUCCAAUGAGGGUUUUGAGGAUGAUGAGGAAGCUGAUGAAGAACCACAACCCGAUGUUCCAACAAAGGAAGUGGAAAUCCAAGUUGACUGGAAUUCUGAACUCCCAAUCAAAAUUUUGGUCCCUAAAGUUAACAUUCAUAGCCUUAUUUUUGAUUUUGGUGCAGUGUCAUUUAUUGACAUUGUAGGAGUCCGGAUUUUUAAAAUGGUGGUCAAGCAAUUUAGUCGAAUAGGCGUAACUGUUUAUGUGGCAGCAUAUGAAGAUCACGUUGUGAAGAAAUUGGAGAAAUGUGACUUUUUUGAUGAAACUUUGAAAAAAGACAUGUUUUACCUCACUGUUCACGAUGCUGUUGUUCACAUACACACUCGGGCUAUGUACAAAGAUAUACAAGAUCCUAUAUUUGAGAAGAUAUCGCUCAUGCAGGAAUUAAAAGAACCUUUGGAGGACGUGGAGGAUGACGUGGAAGAACUGGAAGAUCAGAAUCAGGGCCACGCUGGAUUCGGCUAUUAAAGUGUAUUGAUCCAGACAACCUUGAACACAGAAUUCCGAUGGCACUGAUGCAUGUUAGUUUUCAGCAAGCUGUUAUGAAUUACAGGUUCACUGGUGUUUUCCACACCAUGUAGGUGUUUUGCUGUUUAUGUAGAUAGACAAUGAAUGAUCUUUGAUAUAAAUCAAAAACAAUUAUCAAUCUAUUUUUGUAUGUAUAUAAUAUGUAUAGAAAUCCUACCUUGUUAUUGCUGCAAAGGUGCCUAUGGGUUGUUUUGGUCUAUGGAUUGAUUAUUUCAUUGUUUUAUGGUAUACAGGGCACUACUAGGGACAUGAUUUCAUUCAUGAAUUGGAGCAAUGCUGCUGCAUAGGAAAGCCCCCUAUGGUCAUGACUUGCACACCAUUUUGAUCUGAAACACAGACUGUUCACACGUUGCUGGUGUCCAGUUUGCAUUGAUCAUUUCAUGUCUACAAUAGGUUGAACAUAUUGUAGAAUUAACUUUAGUGGCAGUGAAAGUACAUAUAAUCAACCAUAUCUCACCGGGAUCAAAAUUGUUAUGCAUCAAAAACGUGGUUAACUCCUGUGUCAUUUUACUUUAUAAACAGGAUAAGUAUAUGACUUUUAAAAAUCUAGGAGAAUUCCAAAAACAAUUGUUUUCUCCAAAGUAAAUUAAUUCUGUUGUUCACACCUAAUUACAUUUUCUAUUACACAUUUAUUCAAAAUUCAAUAUAACAUAAUUAAGGCAUGAUUAUAAUUCUCUGAACAUUGUACAUUAGAGGAAAAAACAUGGAAUUGUCAAAUUUUUACUCUGAAUUAUUUUGUUAUUCCUAAAAAUCAAUGUAAUUCUCCCAUUAUUGAUCUAACGUCUCCAUAGUCACACUGCAGAAAAACAAGAAGAUAUUUUUUAAUUUGGGAUUUUGCUUUGGUCAAAUCCAUAGGUAAUACUUUUAGUGGAUGAAUGUGAGUCGUUUUCUUAGGGAGCAAUUAAUAGUACAGCUAUUUGAGAGGAACCUCAUUAUACUUUUUUAAAUUUUAGCCAUGUCAUAGAAUAACAUAUCCCAAAUAUUCAAGAUCUAGCAUACCAUCUAUCCAACUAAUACUUCCUUCCAUUGGCGAUAUAGAAAAAAAUCAAGCGGGUUUAUCAUUUGAACUGAGGGGCAUCAGGUUGAAAAUGAGGAAGAAUGCAGAUAACCAUGCUGUGAUUGUUAAUUUGAAAGAUACAUUUAAAAAGCACGAAUUCAACAACAAACUGGGAAGUAUUUUCAGUUGCACAGCCUAAAGGAUACAUUGCUUAAAUUCCAGUAAGAGUGGCUAGUGUUCAAUUUGUACCAUCAAAUUAAGCUCAUACGUUGCAGAAACAAUAAUACUUCUGCUAUGUCACCAUGCAUAGAUUAUUUGUUGGAGGAUUUGUGGAUCAUGUAUGUUUUAAGAUUGACUUUGUAUUCCUAUUCAUUCCAUUGGAGGUAUUAGAGUAUUAUUCCAUCAGGAAUGUCCUCAUUGUUGAGUAGCUCAAUGGAAAAUCUAAGUCAAAUGGUCUUGGCAGCUAAAAUCAUUUUUUUUUGCUCUUUUGAGCUAAGAGUUUGAGAAUAUGAUUGCUGCAACUUUACUACUCUGUAACUGAAGUAAGGAGAAAAACUCAUUCAGCAACACUUUUGAUUUUAAUUUCUGUUAUAAGCUUAACAUUUAUGCCCAAAUAACCUUAAAAUAUUAAUGAACAUGGAGGUGUUUUGAUUUGGGAUAGAAAAUUAAUAUUUUACUUUACAAGCAAAUUAAAUAAAAUUAAAUUAAAGUUGAUUUUUUUUUUCUAAUUUUAACAUCAUGUGAAGUGAAUAUCUUCGUGUUAUUGUCUUAUCAUUAAAAAUCCAGCUUCUCUUUCAUCAAAUAUACUGUUUCAGCAAAAAAUCAAAUGUCAAAUGAUUCUUUUCAUGUUUGGUGGAGUAUGUGAGUUGAAAUUGCCAAGAAAUGAGUAAUGUGAGUUAAUGAAUGGUUAAUGCAUUCAUUUUGCGUGUCCACUGUAUUUAUGGAAGCACAAAUCUGUUUAAAAUCAAUCGGAUACCACCUGUUUUAAUGUAGUGAACAUUGCAAUGUUAUUGGAUGUUUUGAACAGUGGUCUGUAAUAUACUUUCUACAUAGAUGGGCUCUUAUAAAAGCUUUAAAAAGCCUGGCAGUGUACUGCUCACUGUUUUGCAAACGUUCAUGGUAUUUAGUUGUGCAAAUUGGAGACUGGAUAUCUCUGCCCAGAAAAAUCCAGUAGAUAAAAUAUUUUGAUUACAAAUUUCAAAUACUAUAAUAAUUACAACGGUAGCCUUUGUAAAAUAGUAUGCAUUUUAUAUUAAGUUGUGAUAAAAUGUUAGUCACUCAAUUUUAAUGUAAAUAUGGAAUUAAGUAAUAAAGAAUGGCAUCAUUUGAAUUCUGUGCUAAAAUUGAACUAUCAGAUCUGGAAUUAAGAGAAUAGACAAAAUCAAUUUGAUAUGAAUUUUGUUUGGUAUAAUACUUUGGAAACAAUGGACUCUACACAAAAAUCACAUAUUAAAAUUGUUGAAUAUUUAAUACAAGUAAA